CCAGCAAAACCCGGAAGUCAGACACGAAGGAAAUAGCGUUUUUUUUUUUUUUCAAAACAAAUUUUCUGCUCAAAAUAUAAAAUACAUCAUAGAAAGGCACAAACAGCUACAUGUUUAAACGAAAAGGAAAGGGGCAUUGUCAUUCACAUUAAACGUAACGUAUUUGGAGGGGGAGGUCUUCUGUCAGACAGGAGGAGGACUCCUCUAGACGCUCACCUGCUAACAAACGACUGGACGAGGCGGAUGGAGACGCCACUCUUCGGCUUGAAAAGUCCUAAAAAGUAUCACUGCAGCGGAAUUAAAGUAACAGCGACAUCAGUGGACUUUCAUCUGUGGGGAACAUGGAGGGCGACAGAAGAAAUGCAACUGGGGGGAUCCACAACAGUGGUCUUCCUCCUGAUGAAGGAGUUAGCGAGGAGCUGCCAGUAGCAGAGGAGAAGGUGCUGGUGGACACUUCACAGGUUUUUGAAGAGCAGCUAGACCUCGCUUUGGAUGAUGAUGAUGAAGAAGAGGAGCAACCGUCGUCUUCAUGUGCACGCAUGCAGUCCAGGAGUGUCCAGUUCUCCCAGCAUGCAACCGUGCCGCCGCCUCCCAUGAACGGCUGCAGUGGCAACCUGACACAGGCGGAUGAUGUGGACUUUGGGUGCAGCAUCAACGGUGUAACAAGCGACAGCACCGAGACGGACGCCUCCAUUUUCCACAAGGAGGACCUCCUGGUUGCUACGGAUACGCCCUCACCGCCGCCCCUCUCAGUACAUACUAUGGACACCUCCAUCCUCAGUCCCAGCCACGUGUCCCUGGAGGUGGACAGUGAGGACGACGACGGCCGCGGCGCGGAGACUAGGACAUUGCCGCUGCUGUCUGAGAACGAUGGCCCCGCCCCCGACCUUGUUUGCACUCGCAGCCUCUCCACCUCCUCAGCGUGUGACCCCGCCUCCAAAGCGCUGGGUGACUCAUCCAUUCGGCUGCGCUCGUAUUCGUACUCCAAAGUCAGCUUUCGCCCCUCUCGCUUUGUCCAGGAUGGCCUCACAUGCAGCACGGAUGCCCCGUCCCACGGCGUCAGCCACAGUCGAUCUCUGCUUCAGGCCCUCUCUCUGUCUAAAUCUCUGUCCCUGCUGCACCCUACUAAGCAAAAAGCCUCAGAGCAGCCGCAUGAGAAAAGGGAGUUUAGUUUCCGCCAUCGAGCCCAGUCAGCUGACGACGAGGGCGGCACGGCGCUGGUGGAGUCCCUCCAACAUCUCACCCUGUCUGAGUUCCUCAAAGAAAUCGAAGAGGAGGAGCAGGACAGGUGCAGCGACGUGCCGGCCAAAGCCGAGUCGGACAAGUACAAGGUCAUCCGCACAUUCAGUUUCCUCAGGAGGAGAAUGUCCAACACACGCAGCAAGACCAAGGCCAAAGGGAAGGAACAGAACACACAUCGCUUCUCCACAGGCUCCUGUUUGGGUCCCGUCAUGUGUGUGGUGUGCGAUAAGCCCGCGUUGGGGAAAGACCUUCUGCAUUGCCCCACUUGCACCGCCACGGUCCAUAAAAGCUGCAAGGACUCCAUCCCGCCAUGUUUGAAGAAACUUCAGGAGAAGAAUGUGGUUGCCAUGGUGAAGAGCAGGACAGCAUCCCUCCCGCAGAACUUCACAGUGAGAGAGAGUCCUCCUCAAUGCGGGAUGCCCCCCGCCAGCUCUUUACCUGUCGUGACCUCCAAGGACGCCUCAAGUCCUGUGGCUGGAGGCUCGCCCAGCAAUGGGAGUCGGCUGAGCGGGAGUUCCGAGUCUGAGGUGGAAGAGCGUCAGCCGACUUCCUCCCUCUCCAACGAGUGGACCUCGGCAGAAGAAUACAGCGACCUCGCCACCGAUGUAGCAGAUUACGAGGCAGAGUCGUGGAGUUUGGCGGUGGAGCACAGGUUCUGCAAGAAGCAGGACAGACGAGUCGUCAAGAGACAGGACGUCAUCUAUGAGCUGAUGCAGACAGAGCUUCACCACCUCCAGACGCUGCGCGUCAUGGCCCAGGUGUUCCGCCGAGGCAUGCGGGAGGAGGUGCAGCUCGACGCGGAGGCGGUGGAGCGCAUCUUCCCCUGUCUGGACCAGCUGCUCCUCCUCCACCACGCCUUCUUCACUGCCAUGAAGGAGCGGCGGCAGCGCUCGGCACAGCCUCAGGGGCACAGGAACUAUCUCAUCCAGCGUAUUGGAGAUGUGCUGUUGCAGCAGUUUUCAGGCGAGGACGGCGAGAAAAUGCGGCACGUUUACGGGGAGUUCUGCAGCCGACACAACGAAGCCGUGGCGUGGUUCAAAGAGCUCCUGCAGAGCAACAAGAGAUUCCAGAACUUCAUCAAGCAACAAGGUGGUAAUUCCCUGGUGCGACGGAGGGAGAUCCCGGAGUGCAUCUUGCUGGUCACCCAGAGGAUUACAAAGUAUCCUGUGCUGCUGGAGAGGAUACUUCAAUACACGGCAGGGGACACGCAGGAACAUGUGGACCUUGCUGCAUCCCUGGCGCACGUCCGCGCGCAGAUAGUGGUCGUGGACCUGCGAGUCAGCGAGUACGAGAGGCGCCAGCGGCUGCAGGACGUGUGGAGCCGCACGGAGAGCCGCAGCACGGCCAAGCUGAAGAACGGGCGGACGCUCCGAAAGCAGGACAUGAUGGGGCAGACGCUCAAGCAUCAGGGAGCGCUGCUCUGGAAGACGGCCACGGGGAGGCUUAAAGACGUCCUGGCUCUCCUGCUCACAGACUCCCUGGUCUUCCUGCAAGAGAAGGACCAGAAGUACACGUUCGCCACCGUUGAUCAGAAGCCGCCCGUCAUCACCCUGCAGAAGCUGAUUGUGCGGGAGGUGGCCAACGAGGAACGAGGCAUGUUCCUGAUCAGUGCCUCGGCCGCCGGGCCCGAGAUGUACGAGGUCCACGCCGCGUCCAAGGAAGAGCGCAACACCUGGAUGAGGCUCGUCAGGGAGGCGGUGGAGAGCUGUCCGGAAGAGGAGGACGAGUACACAAGCGAGUCCGAAGAGGAGAAGCGUGUUGCAGAGGCUCGCUUUAAGAAGGUCCAGAAGUUGCAAGAGAGCCUGAUGAGCCAGGACCAGCAGAUCUGUUCCAGCCUGGAGGCCAAGCUGCAGAUAUACGCGGCGCUCUCGGCCCUCGGCGGGCAGGAGGACGCGUCGCUCAACGAGCCGCGGCUGCUGGUGCGCCCGUGUCCAGAGGAGCUGCCGCAGGCUGUCGUGCUGCUAGCGGCCGCUGUGCAGGAAGCCGAGAACCUAAAGGCUACCUUGGAGUCCAGAUCUCCAUCCGUGCGCAGCUGGGAUUCAAGCAGAGAUUCUGUCUUCCCUGUCAGUCAUGUGACGCCUGCAGAACCGCCCUCUAACCACGAGGCUUCACCCGCGGACCCACAGCCCGCUGAGCUUCUAUCGCCGAUUUACUUGCAAAGAGCAAACGAGGACUCAAAGAUUGCUCGCAGUGUUCAGAGCCUCACACAGCUGCUCUACAGUCUACAGGCUGCGGUGACCAUCCAGGACAGCUGCUACGAGCUCCAGAGGUUCCUCUUCAGAGAAGACAGUCGCCCUUUGCCCCGUGAUCCACGCCGCCAGCACGCCUUACAAGAACAGGAGAAACAGCGCCACCUGGAGAAGAGGAAGGAGGAGGCGGUUUCGACUCAACGGCUCCACGACUGCCUCCGUCAGGACCGGGAGCGCUGGGUGAGGGAGUGCCAUGCCCGGGAGAGCCAGCUGGGGGAGAAGGAAAGCCGUGUGAAGGAGAGGGAGCGGCAGUGCCACCUGGAGGCGGAGAGACUGAGGCGCGAGCGGGACGAACUGGACGAGCAGCUGGAGGAGUACCAGCAGAACCUGGAGAGGCUCCGCGAGGGCCAGAAGAGCGUGGAGAAGGAGCGGGAGCACCUGGAGAACCACAGGAAGCUUCUCCAGACGUGGAGGCACAGCCAGCAGAGGAGCCUGCCCAACGUCAUCCCUCACAUGGUCAUUCCUCUGGACGGGCAGCAGGACUCGACGUCGAGCCUGUCCUGUGGUCACGCUGGAAACUGUUCGGUCUUCUUGAAUGAGGCAGCGUUGGCCGACGAAGGAGGAGGAGGCCUCAACAACCGCCACCGCAAAGGCAGCGACGCCAACACGCACAACUGCCUCAACAUGCUGCUGGCCAGGUCCAACAGCAGACAGCCCUCCGUGGACAAAACCACCACCCACAGUCCGGACCUGGACAGCCAACCUUGGAGGACGGGACGGGGCUACCUGGUGGGGUUGGACACACCUUCUGAUCACAGCCGCAAGGUGGAGAUGUGGUCGUCAGGGCCGCCGUCCCGUCCCCCCCACCCGCAAUCAGACCUCAGCCACCUGGUUUCCAUGGAGACGGACAGCGGCGGAGAGGACAGCCCGGAGGAAAGCAUCGUGUACCUUUGAGCGAGGACAAACACGGACGUUUAACAAAGUAUUUCUUAUCGGUAUGGUUCAUCAUUGUAUUGUUUUAAAGCCGUGCAGACUGUUUUGUUUUGCUUUUUUACGUGUUUGUGUGAUCUGUAGCAGGUUCCUGCAGCCUCUUUUGCGUCCCCUCCUCAGGUCAGCGUUCUCCGCACUUUUUAAAAUGUGCCACCUGAGUCUGCCAUCAGAGUGCAUAAUACUUCCUCAUACAGUAUAGUGGCCUGGAGGCCUUUAUCAGGAGUACUUGGCAUUUAUUUGGGAAAAGGCUUUUAUUUCUGCAAAUGUAUUUUGUAUUAAUAAUAAUAUUAACAUAAAUAAAAGUAAAAAUAUAUAUUUUUUUAAGGUUUUCCAAAGAUUAAGUAAUGAUCCAGUAAUAUGUAAUAUUACAGAACAAAAAUACCUUAUUCUGUAUUGUAUAAUAUUUCAGGAAAUACGGUAAUAACUUAUAAUUGUUAAUAUUCCCAAGUGCAACAGGACAAGUGCCAAAAAACCCCGCCAAUAAUAAUAAUAAUAAUGUAAGAAUUUGACAGUCUAGUGGUAUAAUCCGAUUUUGAUAAUUGAAAGAUGCAAAACGCUAGAUUAAAAAAAAUCAUAUAUGCAUUUUAAGGCUACAUUCACUACAUUCACUCGGACAAAUUUCUUAUUACAUUUCUGUUCAAUGUAUGAAAUGGCUAUCUUUUAGUUGAAGAAAGCACAAGGAAGUGUGUUUAUUUUUAAAUCACUAUCUUUUAGGAAAGGUGAAUUUUGCAUUUUUAUUUUUCAUUAUUACAGUAUUUCUUUACACAACUUAUUACUAAGUGACAUCCAGCUAAAAGACACCAAUUCAAUCCAUGAAGACACAUUUUAACUCCAAAUAUGGCCGGGGCAUAUCUUAAGCAUACAUACUGUAUGUAGGAUUAUAUAAAGCAGCUUAUGUGUAAUCAUUAAUAUCUCAGUAAGUGGCAGGGGAGACAAGUGCCUCAUUCCUCGCUUAACUUUGAACAUGGUGAUCAUGAUGUCCUAUUUGUAUCAUGUAUAUACUGUAUAUAAGGCUAUUUAUUUAUCCUAAGGGCUUUACAUGUUGUAUUUCUGCCACAGGUGUGUUUUUGUCGUGCGUGUUCUUGAUGGUGCUGAUAAAGUGGACUUUUGUUGCAACAGCGGCGCUCGUGUUCCACUGAUUUGAAACCGGACGCCGUGGCGGUCCAGGAGGUUGAUAAGCAAACAUUUUGAGUGUGCCAGCGAGCGACGUAGACGUGCAGUUGCCAGCGGUGACAGGUGGAGCAGCAGGUGCAGCAAUAUCACAGCAAAACACGCACAUUAACAGUGGAAGAACAUGACAGAAGACGGCAUUGUAGCAUUAUUUCCCCUAUAGACAAUCAUGGGAGCAGAAAUUGUCAGUUCCAGGGUCAAGCUGUGGCCGUUGCAGAACCUUUUAUGUGUACAGGUGACGUUUUAAGUCACAUUUUAACUGUCAUACAACCAUUUCAUAGUUAAAUAUAUAAUAUAACACAAUGCUACCCCUUUGGGAGAAUUCGCUUGUGUUGUUCUUUGGCUUUUCUUUGUGAUGCCACCGCAGAAGAGCACCAUUGGUGGCAACGUUUGACGUUAACCACAGAACCAGCAAUGGAGUUUACGACUUAGGCUGCUGUAUCAGGCUGAUUUUACUUUCAGUUGUACUACACCACAGUGGUUAACUUCUUUUUACACUUGCAUGUGAGUUAACAAUGUUAAAAUGUUACCCAAAACAUUGCCUACACACUUAAUAGCUGUAUUAUAAUAAUAUUACAUUUUAAAUGUUUGUUCUACGUUAUAUUUUAUAUGAAAUGAUUGUUUGUGCCCUGCGAUUGGCUGGCGACCAGUCCAGGGUGUAACCCGCCUCUUGCCCGAAGUCAGCUGGGAUAGGCUCCAGCAUACCCGCGACCCUUAUGAGGAUAAGCGGCAUAGGAGAUGGAUGGAUGGAUAUUAUGUUAUUUAAUUAUUGUUUUAUAUAUAUAUAAUAUAAUAUUAUAAUCUAUUAAAUUAAAUAAUAUGCUGUAAGGGCGGCCGCAGUUUGACCCUGGAACUGAUUAUUUCUGUUUACCUAAUGAAUUUAGUUAGUUCUAGUCAAUUUCGUAAUAUAUAUAUACAGUAUAUUAUUGAAUAAUUAUUACAUCUGUGCUAUGCUAUGUUAUGCUAUACUAUACUAUACUAUAAGGAUGGCCACAGUUUGACACUGGAACUGAUGUUUUCUGUUUACCUGAUGAGUUUUGCUUUUAAAUGGCCACAGCCAUAUUGUACUGAGCAGCCAGGACAGACGUGUGCAUUGCUGCUACUGCUACUACUACGACUGCUACUGUGUGGCAGUAAGGUCCGUUUCCUGUUCUGUGGUUAUACUCACACGUUUCCUGGUGGCCUUGUUGAUGCUGGUACCUUUCUGAGAUGACAGAAAUACGGAAAAAAGCCAAAGAAGAAGCCAAAAUCCACUUUGAACUUCAGAUGCUCAAUGAGCUAAACGUCUGGCUAGACAUCACGCACGGGAAAAAAAACCAAAGAGUUUUUGUCUGCUGUAUUUUGGGAACUUUCCGUCGUGAUUCCAUUUUAUACACUUAAUUGAUCCCUAUUUCACAGCAGGUUGAUUUCCCGUAACUUGCCGGCAGAUAAAGUGCAAACUGUGUUUUAUUCCCUCCUCGCCGUCCAUCAUGUUUAUCUCCUUCCCCUCGCCGUUAAAAUUCAGAUGAGCUCGUCUUCCUUGCCACUGCUUUCGGUUUUUGAGACCCGAGCCCCCCGAGUGAAUCCAUUUCCAGCCUGCUCCAACGAGCUGUGAUUUCAUGGCGCGAGCGGCAGCGCCUAACUUUGCCACGGCUGAAUUUUACAAACUUGAAGGUUUUUUUUGUGUUGUUUUUUUCGUGAAGGCAAACGUUCCGUGUGAGUGUGUUUGUAUUCGUGUGUCAAUCAUGUUUGACAUCCUUAAACAUGGCUGCUUGCUCUACAUUAGCAGAAAUGCUAACACAUAUAAUCUGUGUACACAGUAUGUAUACAAGUAAUUAGUGUUUCAUUAGUCAUCCAUUCUCCAACAGAAUGAUUUAUUUUUAAUACUUUAGUGUUAAAAGUCCCUCACGGAUAAUUCCGAGUCAUUCUUUUCUCAUUACCUGCAAUAACACGGCCUCUCUGUGUUUGUUUUAAUGAGCCGAUUGCAUCCAUGCAGAAAAGCCCUCAAAGAAGGAAAAAGCUUUUAUCGCUGAGUCAUCCUCCAAGGGUGUUACACCUCCCCAUGGCUGUAAUGACUUCUGUAGGCUAAAUAAACCUGCCUGGCCCAAAUGUAUAAAGAACAAUAAAUAACAGCCGAUAGUGCUGCGUUUUAUGGCUAAGCAGAACAAUAAUGCAACAAUAUAGAGCACAGAUACACACUAGGACCUUUCUCCCGGGUGGAAUUUACAGAGACACGCUGUAGUCAACCACACGAGGACAACUUGUUUAUAUUACUCCCAGCUUUUAUGUUUAUGUUACUUUUGACUUUUAUAUCUACUUUGGCACACUUUCUUGUCCAAAGUUUGAGAACUAUCUACGCCAGAAAUGCACCGGGGACUUGGGGAGACAGCGUGGUCAGUAGCACAUCCGCACAUACAGUAUUUGCCUUGUCUUGUUACAUUGUAACGUACGGUAUGUUCAGUUCAUCUGGUAUAUGGUUUGGGAUUUCAUAGAAAUACAUAUUUUUUUUAAGAAAACAUUUUGAAAAUAUUUGUUCUAUUUAAUAAAAUAAAAAAUAUAUUGUUUCAGCAUUAAAGGGCUUUUUAAAAUGUUAUUUCUUUAUUAUUAUGAAAUUCAUAUAUUACUUAAAGCAUUAAAUAUUCUUAUAUAUUACAUUGCCGCAUAUCCAUUUAAUCUGGUGUAUUCAGUAUUUCAAUAUUUAAGGAAUAUUUUAUGUGUGUGUGUGUAUAAAUAUUAAUCAUUUUAAAAAUACAUUUUGAUAUUAAAAAAUACAAAUAUUACUUUAUCGUUAAAAAGGAUGUUUUUAAUUAUUUUAUGAAUGUUAAGUUCAUAUUUAUUUAAAAUAUAUUUCAAAAAUGUUUG